GUUUGCGCUCUCAAUGUCCAGCUCGCUGGUGAUUCUGCUCCCGAACGCGCGUCGCCUCGGUGUCAAAGUGACGCCGACCACGCGUCUGAUGCAAGUGCUCGAGGAAGCGUGUGCCAAGCAGGGCGUCGAUCCCUCUCGCUGCUCUCUCAGGAAGGGCAAGGCGGACGUCGACCUGUCGAUGCCGUUUCGUCUGUCUGGAUUGCUCAACAACGCGACUCUGGAACUCGUCAUUCGAGAGCCGUCAUCGUCGUCGGCAGUGACUGCGACUGGGGCUGGGUCUGGAGCACCCGCCUCAUCGCCAUUGGCAUCCUCAUCCUCAUCGUCGUCUUCGUCAUUGGCAUCCUCGUCGUCGGCGGCGUCGUCGGCGUCGGCGUCCUCACUGGCGUUGAGCGCGGAAGAGCGGAUUCGCCUGCCCGUUGCGCUGCGCCUGCCCUCGUCUGUCAGGCUGACGCUCACAGCCACUGCGCCAGACACGUCGUUGUGGGAACUGCUGGGCCAAUUCGAAGAGCUGAGGGCAAGCACGCAGCCCGGCGAGCGGUCGCUCACUGCCAGCGUCGACCCGGUUUCGCGAAGCUUUCUGCUUCCGUGCCUCGUGUACCUCGGCCAAGAGUACGGAUCGCUCCAGUUGUUGUGCGACACUACGCUCCGCAGCAUGGGCCUGCUCAAGGGCAGUGCCGCCUUCCACGUCAGCUUCCGACCCUCGACGCUCACGCUCGAAGACGCGCAAUCACAGGCGGCCAGUCUCACCGAAACUCGCCGACAGAGCCUACGCGACGCACAGGCAUCCCUUCUUGCAAGACAGGAGCAGCAACGCGCCGAGAUUGCCGAGCGAGAGCGGGAGCGAGCACGACAAGCCGAGAUUGCACGGCAAACUGCGGAAGCCGAGCGACAAGCAGCCGAAGCACAGGCCCAGGCGCACCAGGCCGCUGCCCACGCACAACAAGCUGCAGCAUUCGCGGCCCAAGCGAUCGAGGUUGCUCAGCGUGCCGGUGCCGCGGUGCCGUCUGAACAACCAACCGGAGCCGUGACCCCGGCGCCGAGCCAUUCGCCACAGCCGAUGGACACCAACGCGCGAGCACCAACGUUUGCCAAUCCAGAGUUUGCCGACUUUAAAUUCCCAGAAGCCACGAAAGGCAAAACCCUGUUUGUCAAUGCCAAGAGCAAUCCGCAGGUGAUUGCUGAAGCGCAACAACAAGCCCACAGCGUUUCCUUUGCGCCGACUGGUCCUCGCCAGUCCAUUCUGUAUCGCUUUGAUGGUGGUGCCACGCCCGAGCAACUGGCGCAAGACGACCUGCCCGACUCCUUCUUUGACAUCACCCUGGAAGACAUCCAGGGCUUGUUGAAGGAUGUGCGCAAGCAGCAGAACGAAGAAGCACCGCUCAUGACUUCCGCGAUGCGUGAAAUUGUUCGAGAGGAUUUGGCGGCAAAGUACUCGGAAACCACCAUUCGAGUGCACUUUCCCGACAGAGUGCAGCUCCAGGCCGUCUUCCGAAGUAAAGAAACGGUCUAUGACUUGUUCACCUUUGUAGCCCAGCAUUUGCCCAGUCACCUGGUUCCUGCCAAGGGCGAGCCAUUCCCGUUCACGCUGCACGUAACACCGCCUCGACGAGACUUGUCGACGGCCAUGUUCGAGAGUCUCUUUGACGCCAACCUGUCACCCACGGCUGUCGUGUACUUUUCCCUCAAGGACAGCACCGAUCGGGAAGCAGGACAGGGCUAUCUCCGACCAGAGUUGCAAUCCCAAGUCCAGGCCUGGGCCGACCUCUACGGCGCCGUCUCACGACAGCGCGCCGGCGGCUCUGCGCAAAGCAGCAGCGCAUCGUCGUCGGCCUCUUCGUCAGCACUGUCUCAGCGGUCGGCUUCGAGUGCUGCUUCUGGUUCCGGGCGCGGUGCCGAUGGCCGUCCCAAAUGGCUUGGUGCAGGCCGCAAGUGAAUUUUAUGUGCGUUGGCAUUUUUGUGUGAAGGUGUAUGUUGUAGUACAGAGCCUUUUCCUUUUU